UUAACUUAAUGCGCUAGUUCAGCAGUGCGUAUAAAACGAACAGGCCUAUUCUUGAUAUUGAUCGUCUGUGUUUUCCCUUUGACGUAAAUUCUAAAAAACUAAAAAUUAUCAUUGACGAAUUCAAUAUUCAUAAUUAGGUGGUUCAAUAUAUCUGAUAAUUCCGCAGAAAGAUCGUUAAAAACUUUAGAACUUGCCAUUUCAGUCUACCAUUUUGACUUCCUCGUUUUCUCUUCACGUGACGACGCAACUGCUCAAAACAUGAAGAAACUAAACAAAAAAGCCAGGAUUAUAAUAAGAAAUUUAUCAUUCGAGGCUACGUACGAUGACUUGAAAAAACAUUUUUCUCAAUAUGGUAAAAUAAAGGAAGUAAAGAUUUUGGCAAAACAAGAUGGUAAACGAAUUGGAUGUGCAUUCGUGCAAUUUGAUCAUGUACAAAGUGCAGCAAAAGCUAUACAUUAUGCAAAUAUGCAACUGUUCUUGAACAGAGCUAUUGUAGUUGAUUGGGCUGUACCUAAGAACAAGUUUUUGAAGAAUAUCGCGGAAAAUAAUAUGAAACCUCAAGCAAAAAUUGAAUCUGUUGAUAAAGAUGAUGCUGAUGAUCAGAGUACCAAGCCAGACAGCAAAAAUGUCACGAUAAACAGCAUAAAAAUGGAAGAUGAAUCUGAUGAUGAAAAAAUGAUUCUGUAUGAGAAUAAACUUGAAUCAGAGAAUACUGAGAGUCAGGAUGAAAGUGCUGUUGAAAGCAGCGAUGAUGAAAACGAUGCUAGUAGUGCAAUUAAUGAUUCUGUUAAACAGAAGAAAAAAAGCAAUAGAAUAGAAGAUCAUUCUACUUCAAAACAUCCGCGACGGGUAUUUGAUGAUGUUAAUGAAGGUAAAACAGUGUUCCUAAAAAAUGUACCAUUCUCUGUUAAGAAUAAUGAACUUAAGGAAUACAUGGAACAAUUUGGACCAAUUUACUACGCUCUUGUAUGCACUGAUCGUUUAACUGAAUAUUCAAAAGGCACUGCAUUUGUGAAAUUUAAGGAUAUUGCAAGUGCAGAAAAAUGUUUAUCAAACGACACUGAAUUAUGCAUGCACGAUCAAAUAAUCGAGGCACACAGAGCAUUAUGCAAAAAUGAAGUUGAAAAUAAACAGACCUUGAAAGGACAAAAAGUUAAGGACUCCAGAAACUUGUACCUCGUUAAAGAGGGAGUUGUAGUUGCCGGAAGCCCAGCUGCAACAGAUGUAUCAGUUUCUGAUAUGGCAAAGCGCAUGAAAUUGGAACAAUGGAAAUCGCAAAUAUUACGCAACUUGAAUAUGUUUGUGUCGAGAGUACGGCUUGUAGUUCACAAUCUACCACCCAAUCUCGACGAUGCACAACUAAGACAGUUGUUUAAGGAUUUCAGUGGCCCUAAGGCUGUAAUUAAGGAGGCGCGUGUUAUGCGUGAUUUAAAAACAGUUGACGCAGCCGGAAGAGGAAAAUCUAAAGAGUAUGGUUUUGUUGCAUUUACCACUCAUGAAGAUGCGCUCAAAGCUUUGAGAAGUGCAAACAACAAUCCAAAUAUAUUUUCUAAAAACAGGAGACCAAUCGUCGGAUUCUCGAUAGAAAAUCGAAUUAUGGUGAAUGCGAAGAAAAGAAGAAUUGAGAAAAGUCGUGAGCAUAAUCCGUUAUGUUCUAAAUACAAAGGAAAGCGGGAAGCUGUAGACACCAAAGAGAAAGAGUUACCCAAGAAACGAGUCAGGAAAAUGAAAAAAUAGAUGACAAUUUUAAUAAAAAAAAAAAAAAAAAAAAAA